AUGUACGCGCUCACACUAGCGGGAAUACCCAUCUCGAUUGGCGCCAACGAGGCAGUACACCAGCAACGGCUGCUGGAUGAAGAAGCUGAAAGCGAUGAGCGUCAAGAAGAAUUCUAUCUAGAUGUUUUCUGUGACGCCAAGAGCAGAAAGAGAGAUGAGGUACAUGGCGCAAUAGUGGUACUGAAGGAUGGAAAGAUACAGCUCUGGCCCAAAGAUGCGGAGACAGGCUUGCCAAAGUCUGGUCCAAACGAUGAGCCAGCACCGCACCCCUUCACGGGAUUCUAUCUACCCUUUCCGUCUUCCGAUCUGGCGCACCGUCCUAUGCCUGCAGCACCUGUCCUGGGUCUCGUCAGCACGAUACCAGCAUCACAGUCUUCACCACCUUCAUCGCCAGCUUCGUCUGCACCCUCUACGCCAUCCCCCAUAGCUCACAGAGCGCCCUCGAAGCCCUCGAAGCCCAAGCUCAAUUGGCUCUACGCAGACAAGACAAGGCGCGAACUACGUUACGGCCCACGUGCAGAAGCGAGGGAACACACAGUUGGACCCUGGGACUGGACGGAAGAUGAACAGGGACUGACCUUGGAUGGGGAGGAGUGCCUUGUUGCUGUGGAAGAGGAAAAGGGUGGGUAUGGCUGGGCCGUAUACUGGGAUAGGGAAGAUGACUGUCUGAAGGAACAAGGGAUAGGGAAAGACAAGAGGACUCGCCGUCUCCUGCACCCCUUCCACCUGUCUGGACAUCAGCAUAGAACAAAAUCACCCACGCAAUUGUUACCCCGGCACAAAAUGGCAAACGCGAACGUCGCCCAGCGUCUCCAGAAGGAGCUCAUGGACAUUAUGACCAAGCCCACACCCGGCAUAACCGCCUUUCCCGACGAUGAAAACAUGACCGUGUGGACUGCCACCAUCGACGGCCCAGUCGACACACCCUACGCCAACCUCGUCUUCAAGCUGUCCAUGGAGUUCGCCAGCAACUACCCCUACAGCCCGCCGACCGUCCUCUACAAGACGCCCAUCUACCACCCCAAUGUCGACUUCUCGGGCCGCAUCUGCUUGGACAUCUUGAAGGACAAGUGGAGCGCCAUCUACAACAUUACGACUGUAUUGCUGAGUCUCCAGAGUCUGUUGGGGGAGCCAAACAACUCAAGUCCGCUCAACGGCCAGGCCGCAGAGCUCUGGGACAAAGACCCCGCUGAAUACAAGCGCCUCGUUCUUGCCCGCCACAAGGCACCAGAGGAACUGGACGCCUGA